GGUGAAGAUACCUUAAAACUGAUAUUGCCCCACGCGAAACAUGUGAUACCUUGGCGUCCUUUCUUCUUCUCUGUUAUGCAUGGCCCAAGAGGGUGAGACCCAGACCCAAAGUCCAAUAAUGCCCGAGCCCAUCACAACCCGACCCAUGGGCGGCACCGAGUUCAGCUGGUGCAAGGCCGUUCCCGUCGGCACUGGCGUCACCGUCCUCAGCCUCCUCCUCUCCAAACCACCACCAAUCCCUCUUCUCCAAAAUGCCCUCCAUAAUCUUCAAAAAUUUCAUCCUAUCCUUCGCUCCAAGAUCCACCACGAUCCCUCCUCCAACACCUUCCACUUCUUAACCCCUCCCAACCCUUCCGUCCAUAUCCAAUCCUUCGAUAUCCAAUCCACGUCCCACAUCGUCCAAACCCAAUCCAACGGUCACGAUCCCUUCCACACGCUUCUCGAGCACGAGAUGAACAGCGACACGUGGAGCGAUCCCACGGCGGGCGACACCAACAUCCUCUACGCCAGCACGUACACGAUUAGUCACGACCGCUUCGCCGUGUUCCUUCGCUUGCACACGUCGGCGUGCGACCGCGCCGCGGCGGUCGCAUUGCUCAAGGAGCUCCUGCGGCGCGUGGGGGAAAACGCCGUCGAGGAUGAAACGAAGGAUGAGAAGGUGAAUUUGGCGAUGGAGGAUAUGAUUCCCGAAGGAAAGAUGAACAAGCCGUUCUGGGCGCGUGGGUUGGACGUCCUUGGUUACUCGCUGAACGCGCUGAGGUUCGCGAAUUUAAGUUUCGUGGAUGCGAAUUCGCCUCGAAGCUCCAGGAUUGUGAGGUUGCAACUGACCGCUGAUGAAACCAAAUACCUACUUGCUGGAUGCAAAUCAAGAGGGAUUAAACUUUGUGGGGUACUUGCAGCAGCUGGAAUGAUUGCCUCACGGACCUCUAAAUGCCUUCCUGAUCAUCAAAGAGAAAAGUAUGCUGUAGUAACACUUAUUGAUUGCCGCCCAAUUCUUGAUCCAGUCCUUAGCAGCAACCAUGCUGGGUUUUACCACUCUGCCAUCCUGAACACACAUGAUGUGUGUGAUGAAACAUUAUGGGAGUUAGCAAAGAGGAGCUACGCAGCCUUUGUAAAUGCUUUGAACUGCAAUAAGCAUUUCUCAGACAUGUCUGAUCUGAACUUCCUCAUGUGCAAGGCAAUUGAUAACCCUGGUUUAACACCAUCCUCAUCACUUAGAACUGCUUUGAUCUCUGUGUUUGAAGACCCUGUCUUUGAUGAUUCAGCUGGCAUGCAUGAAGAGCUUGGAUUGGAAGACUAUGUGGGUUGUGCCUCUGCACAUGGUGUUGGCCCAUCCAUAGCCAUAUUUGACACCAUAAGGGAUGGAAAAUUGGAUUGUGCUUGUAUAUAUCCAUCACCCCUUCAUUCAAGAGAGCAGAUUGAAGGACUCGUCGAUCAUAUGAAGAGAAUUCUAGUGGAUGGUUAUAUCGGUGAAAAUCAAUAAAUUUUACUGUAGUCCAAUUCUGAACAUGUGGUAAUAAUUUAAUUGACCCAUUCAUAAACUUUGUUGCCUCUUCAGUUUCAGUUUGUGUGGAUUCUCCUUGUUCUGUUGAAUUUCCUAGGAAUUUUAAAAUGAAGGUAGAAAUACAAUACAAUUCGCUGUGAAAGAAGAAAGCAUCUGCAAAAGUUGCCAUUAACAUCAGCAAUACCCUUUAAAACAAUGCGGAGAUACCUUCUCUCUCAGAUGGCCUCAAGUAAUGGAAGGUUUAUUAAUUUAUUUGUCUCAAAAAACAUUUAUGACCGAAUUAACACUUUUGAAA